UGAGAAUCCUUGUAUCAUGGUGCCAAGAUCACGCAGUUGGUUGGCUCUAAGUAAUACAAUCCCACGCCAGAGGCAAAAGCUGAAGAGAGUAGUGAGAUGCGAAAUGGGGAGGCUCCGCUGCAAAAGCGGAGGUUACAGUGAGGCCUCAGUGACUCUCGGCGAACCCUGCCUUGCAUGAUCAAAGCGAUGCUGCAAAAUGCAUCAAGAUUGAAUCAAGAUCCCACAAUACGAUGGAAUCCAGCACGGAUCAAACCCAACAGAAGCAAUUCCACCGAUGAAGCUCAAACUUUUGAUGCAAUCUAAUCGAUCAAUCAGAUUAGAUAAUGGAAAUCUCUGCUCUUCCUGACGCCGUCCGAAUUGAACCCCCCACAUACAAACCCGGUAACUCGUACGUUCCAGGCCUGUGCUAACGACAAAGUGGCUGCAGGCGCUGGAUCCCUCGCGUUCCGAGAAUCUCCAGUCUGUCACUUUCUCUCUGCUUGUUGGUUCCCUAUUCCCAAUCGUCCUAAGCGAGCCCGAUCUCGGUGGAUUUGACCACCUGAGAGACCUGAUCUUAUCUGAUGGAAAGUGGAUUGCGUCUAAUAUCCUUCACAGUCUAGCCAGAAGCCACCCUUGCUCCUAGACAACUAACUAACUACUGCUUUAAAAUUUUCCCUGUCAAUUUAAACUUAUAAUAGUAUGCUCUUCCCUCCCAUGAUCUGCUGGGCCUCUCUUACUUCCUUGUCUUCCCAAAGCUUAAGCUUAAAUUUUAUCCUCCUAAAGACAAGAUCACCAUGGGAGCUCUCGACAAGUUCCUUGGGCGCAAGGGCACUGAGGGUGAUGCCGCUGAGGCACCCGUCACUGUCACUGCUGCCAUGAACGAAAAGGACCAGGAGGCUGGCAAAUAUCCUGAUGAGACUGGUAGCGCCAGCGAUGCCGUUACUGAGAACGCGCAGCAUGGUGUCAAGGCCGUUGAGGCUACCACUCUGGCCUGGAGCAAGAAGGCUCUUGCUGGUGUCUUCGUUUUCAUGUGGUUGAUCUACCUUACCAAUGGCUUCCAGAGCCAGAUCAACUGGACUCUUGUUCCCUAUGCCAGCAGUGAAUGGGAGUCUCACUCUCUCAUUCCGGUGAUUGGCAUUGUCGCCAACUGCAUGACUGCUGCUGUCUACAUUCCCCUGUCCAAGAUCCUCGAUAUCUGGGGUCGUGCUGAAGGUUUCCUUCUCAUGGUCACAUUUGCUACCAUGGGUAUGGUCAUGAUGGCUGCCAGUCACAACCUCGCCACUUACUGUGCCGCUAGUGUAUUCUGGCAGGUCGGCUGGUCUGGUCUCACCUACAGCAUUGACGUUAUCACGGCCGAUUCCACACAACUCAAGAACCGAGGUCUCGCGUACGCCUUCACCUCUUCUCCCUACAUGAUCACUGCCUUUGCUGGUCCCAAGUCCGCUGAGGCAUUCCUCCGAAACGGUGAUCAGUGGCGAUGGGGCUUUGGCACAUUCUCCAUUGUCCUCCCCGUCGUCGCCAUCCCCAUGUACAUCCUCCUGAAGUACAACCUUCAGAAGGCCAAGAAGCAGGGUAUUCUUGUCAAUGAGUCUAGCGAUCGAUCUUUCUUGGAGAACAUCAAGUGGGGACUCAUUGAGUUCGAUGCUGCUGGUGCUUUCUUGUUCGCUGCUGGCCUUGUCAUCUUCCUCCUUCCCUUCUCCAUCGCUAGCAGCGCCCCUAAGGGUUGGGACACUCCAUACAUCAUUGCAAUGAUCAUUUUGGGCGUCGUGCUUCUGGCCAUCUUCGGUGCUUACGAGCGCUUUGUUGCCCCUAAGCCAUUCCUUCGCUUCGAGCUCCUUACCAGCCGCACCGUUAUUGGCGUCUGCCUUCUGGACUUCGUCUACAUGAUCGCCUACUACUGCUGGAACAGCUACUUCACCUCAUUCCUCCAAGUGGUCAACAACCUACAGCCCUCUACCGCUGGUUAUGUCAACAACACCUUUGAGAUCGUCUCUGGUGUCCUCCUCUUUAUCGUCGGCUAUGCCAUGCACAAGACCGGACGCUUCAAGUGGAUUCUGUGUGUCGGUAUUCCCCUGUACAUGUUUUCACAGGGUCUUAUGAUCUACUUCCGUCGCCCUGGUCAAUCCAUUGGCUACCUUGUUAUGUGUGAAGUCUUCAUCUCGAUCGCUGGCGCUACCUUUAUUCUUUGCAUGCAAGUUGGUGUUCUCGCUGCCGUCGAGCAUCAGUAUGUUGCCACCGCUUUGGCUACUCUUAGCGUCACUGGUAACAUCGGAUCUGCUGUCGGUAGCACCAUCUCUGCCACUAUCUGGACCAACACCUUCUACAAGAAGCUCGCUGAGUAUCUCCCUGAGUCUGCUCAGGCUGAUCUUGACUCUAUUUACGAGUCCCUCGACUCUCAGCUCCUCUAUGAGAUGGGCAGCCCCGAGCGUCUUGCGAUCCAGAAGGCUUACGGUUAUGGCCAGGCUCGCAUGCUUGCUGCCGGAACUGGCAUUAUGGCUGUCGCCCUUAUCUCGCUGUUCUUGAUCAAGAACUACGAUCUCAGGAAGAUCAAGCAGACCAAGGGUACUGUCUUCUAAGAGACUGGAUUAUCUUGAACGAUGCGGUCAGAUUGAUCACAAACAAAAUUAUGGUGAAGGAGUAAUGUUAUAUGAUGUUAUAUACCUAGUAACUAACAGACAAUUGUAAUAAAUGAUGAUGGCAUUAUGGCCUCAACAGAUUGGCAUAUAUGCCUUGUUAUUUACCUUUGAAGUUCCUGUAACACGUGAAAAUUGGCUGCGGUCUUGUAUCGAUCAGUGACUUGUCGCCGAGCAGCCG